GAACUAUACAGCGGCGUUAAUUUCUCACAAGGUCCCCAGCGGGCGUUGUGAUUAUAGUCCAUUAGUUGUUAUUGUGAUCGUUGUUGUCUAUUUAUCAGUAUUGAGUUUUUAGUCAGCAAAAUUUAUAUUAGAUCAUGUACUUCGGCCAAAUUUUAUGUUCUCCCAUAAUGCUGCUACAAGUUAAUAUUUCGGGGAAAUUCAUGUAAGAUAUGAAAAGUGCUAGACAGUUUGUUUUUGAUGGACUACCAGUGGAAAGCACUUCGAAAGCAUAUACAAGUUCUUCGGAAGACAAGACCGUUGUAGAUUUUGCUUCUCCAAGUAGUACCAACAGCAAAAACUCUAGGGGGUUCUCUGAAAACUUCUUUUACGUUCCUGCGUAUUGUACAACGCUCCAUUGGUGGUGGAGGUUAAAGUUUUUGCGUUUUGAAGAAUUUGUUUGUGCACACCAUUGGAAGGUUCUCAGUUCCAUAGUAGUACUUAGUCUAUUUUGUUUUGGCCUGAAAGCGGUUACUGUCGACACUAAUUUUGACAAGCUGUGGAUUGAAGAAAGUGAUCGUCUUACUGCUGAGUGGAAGUAUUUAACUAAAGCAUUACAAAAUGUUCAUACUGAAACAUUAUAUGGUGAUUUGUAUUAUUUUUCAAAAGAUACUAAAUUGUCUAGAAUGACAUAUCAUUCUCAGAGAGAUGAAAUAGACGAAAAAGAGACUGAUAUAUUUUCUUUACCAUCAACUAUGUCCAAAUCUAAAACUGAAACAGAUUCAUCCCUGAAUAGUCGUGAAUAUAUGGGUAGUAUGGAGACAAUAUUACAAACUACUAUACCAUAUACUAGCAGUCAAACAUUUUCUGAGCAUAUUAAAUCAUCAAAUUAUAUCCAUUCAGAUAAUAUUAAUGAUAACAGCAAUGUUGACAAUGAUAAUUAUGUUGAUAUUCUAACUCCUCAAGCUUUAUUAGAUCAUAUGGAGUUUUUGAUCAAAGUAAGACGACUUACAAUAACAGUUGGUUCAUCAAAAUGGUCUUUUAAAGAUUUAUGUCAACGUGUUAGCCUACCGUUCGGUGUGGAAAUGCAUCAUUUACAAGCUUAUCUGGAUAUGAUUAUACCGUGCAUUAUUAUCACACCAUUGGAUUGUUUUUGGGAAGGUGCAAAAGUUCUUGGUCCUGAGGAAGCAAUGUGGGUCCCUUGGUUUGAUGAACGCACUCUACUUCAAUGGACAAAUAUUGAUCCUGUUGGAUUACUUCAAGACCUUUCUAAACGCUAUGGAAAUUAUUCACAAACUGAAAUUAAAAAUCUAAUUAAUCUAUUUUAUGAUUCUGGUAUUAAUCAUGGCUAUUUGAAUCGUUCUUGUUUAGAUCCAUUAGAUCCAGCUUGUCCAGUAUCAGCCCCUAAUUAUAGAGGAAAGGCUCCAUAUAUCUCCAAGAUACUUAGUGGUGGUUGUCCAGGAUUCGCUUCCAAAAUGCUUCAUUGGCCAGAGGAAAUAAUAGUUGGUGGUCGAAUUCAUACUAAUAAUAGUUUUGAUAUACCUUUACAUACAAAUCACCAAAAAGUUUCAUUUGAUUUAAAUCAAAAUAAAACUAGAUCUUCAAAAUCUUCUGAUCACUUUCUUUUAUCUUCGUCAGUUAAAUUCAAUAAAACCAGUCAGGGUUCAAAAAAUCUUUCUUAUCUAAUAAAAGCUAAUUCACUUCAAUCACUUAUCUUGUUGAGAUCUCCAAGAGAUUUAUAUGAGGCAGUUAGACGAAAUGAUCCUUACAAACAUGAAGAUUGGACAUUGGAUGAUGCUAGACAUGUUUUACGUGAAUGGAGACGGAAUCUAAGACGUUUGAUAAUAGAACACAACACUGGUUUACAACCUAAUGUUGGAUGGCGAUUUUUCGCAUUUACUAGCGCUUCAUUACAUGACCUCUUACAAGAGAUUACACUCCGUCUAGGACCUCUCACAUUGAUUGGCUGUCUUUUGUUAGUGGUUCUUUAUGGCGUUGUCUGUCUUCUUGGUUGGCGAGAUCCUGUUCGUUCACAGUGUUGGUUGGCAUUAUGCGGACUGAUGCUUAUAGCGUUGUCUUCAGUGGCUGGAUUGGGAAUAUGUGCAGCUGUUGGUAUUCCUUUCAAUGUAUUAACCAUUCAGGUAUUACCUUUUCUUCUCCUUGGUCUGGGUGUAGACAGUAUAUUUGUUUUGACCACUUGUCAUGAAUGCUGUAUCGCUCGACGUGUUGUUUUGUUGACAAAUUCAUCGCCUCCUUCGGAUUUGAGCACUUCGUCGUCAGCAUUCUCCUUAUCUUCAUGCUCGUCGAAAUCAUCCAAUCCUGUCCACGUAUUAUCUGUACAUGGUCCCAGUCUACUUUUUGGUACAAUAUCUUUAGCUGGUGCUUUCUUUUCUGCUGCAUUUAUCCCCGUCCCGUUAAUUCGCCAAUUCUGUUUACAGGCUGGUAUUCUUAUUGUUGUACAAUCGAUCAAUGUAUUUAUGCUCUUCCCUGUUCUAUUACAACUUGAUGCCACUCGUCGUAAUCAAAAGCGUUUAGAUGUGUUGUGUUGUUUACGUCAACCGCAACUAGAAACAACGAUGAUGUCAAAUCCCCCCAAAUUAACCACUUUUUGUCAAUGUGAAUCAUGUCAUUUACGACCAUUUAAUUACUAUUCUGGUAGUAAAAAUUUAAUUCCUAGUCGUUGUCAUCGUCAUCAUCAUCACCACCACCAUCACCAUCAUCAUCAUAAUCAUAAUCAUCACUAUCAUUGUCGACAUUGUCGUUAUAUAAACUCAAAAAAAUUAACAGGGGGUAGUCGUGAUAUUUCUAUUAAUUUACCAGAGACAUGUAUCAGUUCUAGUUUUUCACAUCCAACUAUACAAGUCAAUGUAGUUAAUCAUCUUCCUAGAUCAAAACGUUCAUCGUCUUCUUCCAAUUUUAAUAAUGAAGUUACUAAAGCAGUUGUCAAGACAACAGCUAAUUCUAAUGCUAAUACUGUUCAUACUACAGUUACUCUAACUGGGAAUCAAGAUAAAGAAACAAAUACUACUAAUAAUAUUUCAGAGUCUAGUGGAACUGAAAAUGUAUCAGUUUUGGAGUGUGGAAAAAACUGCCCUACUUGUCAGGAAGUUACUUCAAUACCAGAGCAAGGAAGUCUACAGAAAUGCGUAAAUAAAUCCGAAUCUUAUUCAGAGUCCAGAACAACUAUCUCUUCUUCAUUGCUUAUACGGUUCACUAGACACUUUGCUUUUUUCAUUACUAGUCAUUGGAGUAUACAACUGUGUAUAUGCUUAUUAGGUCUUGGAUUAUUUUGUGCAGCUGUGCUUUGUGCAACUUUUAAACUACGCUUAGGUUUGGAUUGGUCCAGUUUAACACCUUCAGAUACCAUUGAAUAUGGAUUUAUAAAAACGGCGGGUCAAGCCUUUGGUUUGAGUAAUUUUCAUAUUAUUGCUCGUGGUUCUGAUCUGCCUGGUUCUCGGCCGGUAUCCAGUCAGUCACUAGCACAAUAUACAACUUCAACAGCUUCCGGUGGAACUUCUGCCCGAUCCCGCGUAAGCUUGGCUACUGUCGGACGAGGGAUAGACUUUCCAAUGCAACAGCGCCGUCUACGUUGGAUGUAUGACUGUUUAACCGGUGUUUCAGGCGUUAUGUUAUCUGGACGAAAGGUGUGGCUAGAUACAAUGCGUGAUUGGUUGGAAGAGGUACAAAAUGCAUUUGAUAAAGAUCGUAAACGAGGAUACAUUAUGGAUAGUGGACAUUGGAAUGCCAACGCAAGUGAACUUGGUAUUCUUGGUUUGCGAUUAAUCGUUCAAACUGACCGUGGUCCUGAGUUAAGUAGAAUCAAUACUGGUCGCAUAGUACGUGGUGGUAUAGUAGAUCCACCAGCUUUCUAUACACUAUUACGCGUUUGGCGUUCCAAAGACGCUUUGAACUUUUCUUCUCUACCCUGUAUUAUUUACCCAGAACCAAGCAUAGUUCAUGUAGGUCGUCUAACUGGUCCUGGACGCCCUUCAGAUCUGCAUGCAUUAUCUCCGGCUGAACCAAUCGAAUUUGUUCAAACAAGCUUUUACGCUGUAGGUGUUAGCGAAAUGAACUCACAGCUUGAUUUAGUUCAGCAAAUUCGACAUAUUACAGAAACUGCAACCGUUCAGGGUGUUCCAGCUUUUCCUACUGGUGUUCCGUUUACAUUUGUUGAACAUUAUAUUUAUUUGGUUCGAGAGACAGCAAUCGCUUUCGGCAUAUUUUUGUCCAGUGGUUUAGGGGCUAGGAUAUCUGUUGGAUUUCUUGGAUCUUGGCCAGUAUCUCAUUUGUAUACAGAUUCAUCUUCGAAUCGGUCAACUCGUAAAAUAUGCUUAUGUCAGUCUAAUUCAUCAUAUGGAUGUACGGUAUCUGAUUCAGUUCAAUUUUGUACUCGUGUUCAAAAUCCCAAAUAUGAUUCCAAACAAAUUACACUGUCUAAUUCACCUUCGUUUGCUCUUAAUACUACUAUUACCGUUUCGGAACGUCGUCAACUAGUUAGGGGUCAAAUAGUUCGUAUACUGAGUAAUCAUUUUACUCCAGCUUUUCAUGCUACAGUUGGACUUUUGUUAGCGUUAUCUUUACUCGUUGCUGCUCGUGUACAGUUUAUAGCUGAUUACUUUUUCCGUCUGAUCGUUAUUGUUAGCUUUGUUUGUUUAUUCAAUGCUGUGUGUUUAAUACCAACUAUCUGUUAUCUGAUUGGUCCAUUCCAUAGCCGUUUCAUACUUGGACGACGUAAUUUGUCGAAUAUUACUUCAACAUCACAUAAAUCACCAAUACAACAAGACGAUACCAACUAUCCUUCUCAUCUUUCUCCAGCAGUGAAUAAAACUAUUCAUUAUCUGAAAUGUCAUCCAUCAGGAAUAAAUUUUAAUUCUGAACAACAUCAUAUCAAUAUGAUAAAUGAUUCACAGUCAUCUUUUUCAAGCUCACCUUCUAAUAUGUCUCCAAGUCUAUCAUCAUCAAGUUCUUCUCGUUCAUCCAGUUCCUUUAGUCAUUCAGAACAGAAUCAUAAUGAUGAAUCUAGUCAAAAUAUGAAAAUCUCUAGUAAAACAGAAUCAAUUUAUAAAGAGUCUAACUGUUUAACUGUGAAAGAAUCACCAAAAGAUAUUGUUCAUCAUGUUUUGAAUUAUUCAAAUGAUCAUUCUACUUGGAUGAAUCGUUCGACUGAACAAUGUUCAUCAAAUGCUGCCGCUACGGCAGCAGCGGCCGCCGUUGUUGUUGCCGCAGCAGCCGCCGCGUCUGUUCGAUCUCGACCACCUAGUCUAAGUACUAUUUCAGAAGAACCUUCUCAUUCCAGCUCAACUGUAAGUUUAAACCAUACUACUCCACCAAAUAGUGGAAAUGGUUCUGGAUGUAGUAGUACUGGUAGUAGUAGUAGUAAUAAUAAUAAUAGUGGUUAUUUGCCAAAUUUCGAAAAUGAAGAUAUUUCAUUGAAUCCUACUGCAUCUUUUAAUUCUGUUGGUUCGAUAAAAAACUACUUUACAUCACAAAAUCUGCCACUCAGUCUUGUCACCUCAGUUGAUCUUAUCAGGAUGAGCAGACUUUUAAAUCCAAAUAUUUCUGCUAAUGAGAUAUGCGAAAGUUUAUGUAGCUCAAUUACAUCUCCUGCUUCUUCCAAUAUUCAUACGUCUGUUAAAGUCAUCGAACUAGUAACACCUGUUGGACAAAAUGAAAAUAUCCCACCACCUUCAUAUUCAAGUGUAGUUAACCAAUCUCACUCUAUCGGGCGUGAUAGAUCCUCUCAACGCAUAUCAGUUUCGUCUCAUCAACAAAAAGCUUAUAGAGGUCAUGAUAUUUCUACCCGUGUAUCAGAUAACGAGACAUCUGUUAAGUCAUUUGCAGAUAAUUAUGAGAUCUCUGAUCCUACUACACAAUUGGCUGCCAAUAAUAUUUUUCAGCCUAAUUCUCACACUACCUCAUCAUCAUCCUCAUCAAAAACUUUUAAGACUAAUUAUCACCAUUUAAGAAAGAAAAAUGUAUCAUUAGUAUUUUCAUCUCCUAAUCAUUUACAUCAAACUACACCAGUAAAUACAAGCUCAAACUGUAAAAUCUCACAAUUACCUAAUACCGGUUCAAAUUCUUCAAGUACACAUUUGAAUGUAAAUAUUUCACAUUCAUGUCAUAAUCAUAAACACUGUUGUUCUAAUUGUAUAAUUACUCAUUGUAAUUCAAGGUCAAUAAAUGAUGAUUACAAUAGUGGCAGCAACCACAAUGCUAAUGCCAAUAUUCAUCAUCAAGGUACUAGUCACAUUGUUUUAUCGGAUUCUAAUUCAGAUAGUCAAAUUAAAAAAUCUCACAAUACUUAA